AUGGUUUACACUAGUGGUUUUAGUGAACUCCCCCCUCUAGGGUACCGAUUCGUCCCGACACCGGAGGAGUUGAUCACUUACCAUCUCCUCCCGAAAGUGACGAAGGUGGACACAUCAAAACUCUACUCCCCCAUCAAAGAUGUGGAUGUUUAUGGCAACGAUUACGUGUGGAUGAAGGAGUGUGGAGAAUAUGAUCGAUGUCAUGCUCGAAACACUCGCUAUUACUUCACUAUCUUGAAGAAGAAAUCAGAUACCGGAAGCCGCUUCGAGAGGGGAACUCUCACCGGUAAAUGGAAGGAAGAAAGAGAUGAUAUGAUCGAAGAUCCUAAAACCAGAUUGCAAAUAGGGUCAGUUCGUAGCUUCUCCUACCAGCCCAAGAAUGAAUACAAGAACAUGAAGGAGAUCAAAGAUAGGAAGUGGAAUAUGCAAGAGUAUCGUCUUGACGGGAAAUACAAAGACAUUGAAGGAAGCUCCACUCUUGUGUUGUGUCAAGUCAAGGAGACUACAAGGCCAAAGAAGAAUCACAGAAGGAUCAACACUACUCCUCCUCCUCCUCCUCCUCCUCAUAAUUAUCAAGAAGUAGAAGGAGAAGUUGUCGAUGAUGAUGCUGAGGAUAUGGAAGCUUUAUGUGCAUUAAUAGAUGAUGCCCUCAUGGAGGAGUUUGAUCAAAAUCCAUCGUCCUUAAUUUGA